AUGAGGGUAGUGGAUCAAAAAAGUGCUUUUGUGAAGAACGUGCUAGUAGGAGGUGUUUCAAUGAAAGCGUUAGUUGACACCGGUGGAAAAGUUUCCACCAUUCAGGAAAAGUUUGCAAAGAACGUCGGUGAAAUAAAACCCAGUCAAAAAGUACUUCGAGGAUUCGGGAAGAAAGAAAUCAAUGUUUCUUCCAAAGUGUGUGCAGAACUACAGGUCGAUGGAGUGACCUUACCAGUAGAGUUGCAGGUGGUUCCAACCUGGGUCCAAGAUACAGCGGUUAUUCUAGGCGAAGACAUCAUCGACAGCGACGGUUUAGUGAUGGUGAAGCGUAAAGGCGAUGUGCGAUUUGAACUUGAUGUGGCACAAAAGCAGCCACCACACUCACGUGAAACUCGCCCGCGGGAUAGUAGUGUUGAAUCGUCAAUUGCACAUAUGUAUGCGAUCGAUGUACAAUCGAAAGUGGACGAGAUAAGAGAAGAUCAGAUCAAUAGCGAUGGUCCAGAGGAAUACAAUAAACGUUUGUGCCGGUUGGUGAGAAACUAUCGUGAUUGUUUUGCGCUGAAUAUGAGUGAGAUGGGAUGUGCUACAUCGAACGAGAUGAAGAUUAGCUUGAUCAGUGAUGAGCCUGUGUACGUUAAACCUCGGAAGCUGGAAUACGUUCGAGAGAGCGUCUUGGCUGAGUUAGUGCACGAGUUGUUGGAUGCUGGGAUAAUAGCCGAAACCGAAUCGCCCUACAACAGCCAAGUAGUAUAA